UCUUCCACGUACUACAAGUUCUACAUGAACGACUUUAUCGAGGCUGACUUCCAGGAGAUCGUGUUCCGGAGCGAGCCGCAAAGGGAUUUGAUCCACUUCAUGGGUCAGCUUAUGCGCCGCGGCGAUACCCCAACGCGCCCUACCGAUGAACAGAUGGCAGAGAUCAACAACAAAAAGGAGAUUGGGAAGCUGCGACGCAGAAAGCAGCGGGUCGCCCGAAAGCUGAAAAGGAGAGGAUGGACACUGAGGUCGGCACCGAAAGAAGGCCGAGGCGCAGCGCUUCUUACACGGCACGGCCGGUUUGCUCGACAAGCCGACACCUUGAGGAAGACACCCUACGAUUCCUGCCUAACCUAUGCCAUCCAGGAGUUCCACGCCUCGAAAGACGGUCAAAAAAUCGUUCGACAGUUGAACAGCAUCAAACCUUCCGAGUACCUCGCACCGCCUACCAUCCAAUACAAG